UGCCCCAGAACGUUUGCGAUCAGACGGGACCGUGAAGCUCUCUGUCCACAGUCCACAUCAAUACAUGCCUGGGCUCCACGCUUGCUCUCGCCCGCCCUCGCCCUCGCCCUCUCUCUGUCUGACACACACAGAAGCUCCUCGCGCAUCCAAUUUUCCCGUCCCUUUUCUCCACCGCCCGCGACGCCUCAGACGGCCAUAGAUUGAUGCUGUUCGCGGCGCUGAUGGCGCUCGACACCGAGCGGAAGCAUAUGUACGAGGGACAUACCGAGGUUCGAAAUUUGAGGGUCAUUGCAAGGACGGGAGCUCACUCCCACGGUGGACCUGUCUGCGCACGCCGCUUAUCGCAGUCCUCGGGACAGCAUUAUUCAAAGGAGCAACAUUGAGUUCCGCGGAAGAUGCUGUGCCGAGGAUUGCCAGUAGGUAGGAGUGCAUGCUGCCGUUGGAAGUGUAUUGUUCAUCCACGCUCAACACAGGCGAUUCUGCGUGAUGCAAUAGCGACAUGGAUCCCUGACAUUCGAUGCGGUGCCAUUUCCCUCUAGGAGGUACUGACCCAUCUGGAGCGCAUGAAAUAGAUACAGGAGUGCCGGCAUGAAUGGCGGAUCAAAGUGAUCGGCAAUAUCUCAUACCAAGCACAAGCGGACAGAGGCGCCAUCCAAGGCAGGCCCCGGGCGGAGAAGCCAAGAAAAGGGCCGACCGACCUCGAAUGGACCGAACGAAGACGACCUUUCGCGAAUACAACGUCCCCACGACACUUUGCUGCGAAGAACUCGAUUCGUAGCCCUGGCGGGUCACCUUGUUGCUCAUCAUCUCCAGCGACAGGCUGUGCAGCACCGCUUUCGACCUACGAUCUGCAUUGACCAGUCGUUUGGCGCCAUCCUACCACGCGGACUCUCUGGUAUUGGCUAAUUGUUGGCACGUGGAGAAGAAGCUGGACUGAAGGAGUGCUUUGAAGAGCAGGCUUUGGCAGGGUUUGCAAAUACUUGACAGGCUCAGGACGCACUGCAAUACUGUACUAUACAACGCUGCGCUACGCUGUUCGAAUCGCAAUUAGCUGCAGGACAGCUUCCUCUCCCAUCACCGCGACUCGCACCCUUCCGAUGCGUCGAACUUGAACGACGACCUCCUGCCACGCGCGACUACCCCCAAUCAUGGCCAGCACGUACGUCUGGACGACGAGAUGCAUCCCAGCAUUCAGCAUCUGCAGCGUGGUUGCCCUGCUGCUAUGUUCAUUCAUCAUCUCGCCGUACGGUAAAGCCGAGUCUGGCAGACACCGUGGGCAGGCGACACUUCCUCAGCUUAUCCUGAGUUGUUACACUGUCUUCUGCCAUGUCAUGUCGAUAGCCUUCCCCGUAAGGGUCUGCUGGGCCAUCCGAGAUGUCAUCGAUCGGACUAGGAAAUCUGCUCUUGAGAUACCGAAUACGACGAGGCAUCGGGCUUAUAGCAUGAAGAGAGAUAGCGGCACAUUCGAGGAGCCGGUGCCUCUAUUUCUCAUCAUUUUGCCAGCUUAUAAGGAAGAGAUGUCGACACUGGAGGACACAUUGAAAGUUUUGGCAUCUCACACACAAGCGCGGGCAAGCUAUCAUCUGUAUUUGGCCAUGGAGGAGAAAGAGGAGAAAUCUGCCUCCAAAGCUGCAAGCUUGAUCAAGACGUUCGAAGCAUCUUUCUUCCGCAUGAGCUACACUGUUCAUCCUUGUGACAUUCCUGGUGAGGCGCAGGGCAAGAGUAGCAAUGAGUCCUGGGCUGCGCAGCAAGCUCUACGCGAUUACACCGAGGACUGGGUGAAGCGGAACGUGAUCAUGACAGUCAUGGAUGCCGACACACACCUCUCGUCGCGGUACUUCUCGCAGAUUGCUCGCAUGCAUUUGGAGUUCGCAGAAACCAACCAGAGGACCAUUUAUGUGCCACCGCUUGUGUUCGACCGCAAUCUUCACAACGUACCACUCCCUGUACGAACAGCAGACCUCAUGUGGGCUGGAGCAGGUAUCUCGAGCUUGUAUGCUGGCUCGGCCAUUUGCAUUCCUACAUCCGUCUACUCACUGCCGAUGACGCUGGUUGAACAGGUUGGUGGUUGGGAUACUGGCCCAGGUGCGAUUGGUGAGGAUAUGCAUAUGUACCUCAAGUGCUUCUUUGCAUUGUCUGGCAACCUUGAGGUUCGCAUCGUAUAUGCAGCAGCAAGUCAGUGCAAUGUCAGCAGUGACGAGCGAGGUCUCCUAGGCUUCUUCACAGGGCUUCAAGCACGAUACAAGCAGGCGUUGCGCCAUAUGUGGGGUGCCCUCGAUACAGGCUACACCAUUCGGCAAACUUUCAGUAUGCUACAGAGGCACAAAAUCGCCCCCCGAAGGCCUGUCGGUGUGCCUGAAAGUGCUCCAAGUUCGGACUGGCCUGUCUUUGAUAGCAGCACUGGCCUGCACAAGACGGCAAUAUCGAAAGGGGCAGGCGCCCAAUAUGCGCCGCCAAGACCAAUCCAUUGGUACAACCUUUGUGUGCUAUACCAUCGCAUGUUCGAGGCACACUUCCUGCCCGUUCACUUGUGUGUGAUUCUGAUCACGUCGGGCAUCUAUACUAUGUUCACGCCAAGCUACCUCGUCCCCACGGCUUUCAAAAUGGCACUCGACUUCUCCAGCGUCUGUCGGUUGAUUGGAUGGUGCACCAUGCUAUGCUACUUCUACCUCUUCGAGCGGUAUCACAAGCUAUGCGUAGGCUUGCGCCAGGAAGAGAUGCGCCAGGCAGGCUUACUAGAGGAGAUUGAAGACGGCGAUGGCAUCACACCCAACGUCUUCCAGGUGGCUGGUCUGUUCGAGGCUGCACUAUUUCCAGUUGGUGGCGUCAUCUUUGGCGCAAUACCUGCGAUUCAAGCUGAGCUGAGCCAUCUCUUCACUGACCGCUUAACAUAUGUGGUCAGCUUGAAACCUUCACUUCCAGCGAUCAAGUCGAUCAGGAGCACGAGAGCCAUGACACCAUCUCAGCCCAUGCGACCUAUGGCCCAAUCACACACGAGCCCCCAAAAGUCAAUGACUACACGCACACGAACCGACAGCAAGCCCAAAGCCAGCAGCUUCAUUCCCGCCAUGAACGGCCACGUCCACCAACGGAGAUUAUCACAGCUCAUACAAUUGCGUGAUGCGGAUUGAGGUGUGCAGAAAGACGACUAUCAUGUAUGAAUCUGCUUACGCAGUGAGAGUAACGGACCCAGGGUCGAGGUGAAGUAAGGUAAGGUAUCGAGCUCGGCGCUUUUAGUGGGCGCCAUAAGGAUCACUGGGUAUGAAGGCACGCGAUCAUGAAACCGCGUCCUCGCUCCUCUCAGCGACUUCGUCAAUCUGCCCAGGCGGCAGUGACGAAGAAUCCGCACAGCACAAGGCGUUCUACUGUUGCCACGUCCGCUCCGACCCUGCUAUCGAACACGCCCAGUCGGAGAAGGCAUCCGUCUCCAUUUCCUCUUCCACGCCGCCUCGAACGGUACAUAGUCUGUUCGAGCUCGCAAUGGCUUAGGGGUAUUGGGGAGCUCGCCAGAAUCUUGCUGUUCGACCGACACAAGCCCGGUGGUAUAUUCGCGGGCCCGACAUGGACCCUCGAGGCAUCGAUCCGAUUAGUCGCAAGCAGACCGUCGCAACGAGCUGUCCCCUACAUACGUGCGUGAGAAUAGAACAGCUGCAAUUCCAUCAAAUAGAAUCUCACGCAGGAGUUCCUCGGUCACUAAAUGGCCCUCUCUUCCUGUCUGGCGGUAUAUCUUGGUGCAUGGUGCUUGGUCAUCCUCAUCCGCCGCCUGGGUCGUCGACCUGGCAGUCCACGAGAGUAUCCCCGAGAUAGACUUUGUCGCAAUUAUUCGUUCUCAGAAUCACCUCUCCAAUGAUUCGUUCUUCC